CCUCCCCUCUUUCGGGAGGAUGAGACAGCCAGGGGGCUGUGGCGGAGCUGUGGUUGCUGGGUGACAGUGGGGAGCAGGGACGGAGUGAGUGUCCGCUGGCGGGUGGCGACGUCCGGGGUGACCUUCGAGCUCCGGACCGGCGCAGCGCGAGCGCCCUGACGGGCCGGGGCGGCGGGCCGGGCAAGGGCGACGGGCGGCCAGCCUGAGGGAAGGCCCUGUCCAGGUGCAUAAUGGCAGAAACGGUAUCUCCACUGAAGCACUUUGUGCUGGCAAAGAAAGCCAUCACUGCAAUCUUCGGCCAGUUACUGGAGUUUGUUACUGAGGGCUCACAUUUUGUUGAAGCAACAUACAGGAAUCCAGAACUUGAUCGAAUAGCAUCCGAGGAUGAUCUGGUGGAAAUACAGGGCUACAGAAACAAGCUUGCUGUCAUUGGGGAGGUGCUGUCUCGGAGACAUAUGAAGGUGGCAUUUUUUGGCAGGACAAGUAGUGGCAAGAGCUCUGUCAUCAAUGCAAUGCUGUGGGAUAAAGUCCUCCCCAGCGGGAUUGGUCACACAACCAACUGCUUCCUGAGUGUCGAGGGGACCGAUGGAGAUAAAGCCUACCUUAUGACCGAAGGGUCAGAUGAAAAGAAAAGUGUGAAGACUGUUAAUCAGCUGGCCCAUGCCCUCCAUAUGGAUAAAGACUUGAAAGCUGGCUGUCUUGUGCAUGUAUUUUGGCCCAAAGCAAAAUGUGCCCUCUUGAGAGAUGACCUGGUUUUAGUAGACAGCCCAGGUACAGAUGUCACCACAGAGCUGGAUAUCUGGAUUGAUAAGUUUUGCCUUGAUGCUGAUGUCUUUGUUUUGGUUGCAAACUCGGAAUCAACACUGAUGAACACGGAGAAACAUUUUUUCCAUAAGGUGAAUGAGCGGCUCUCCAAGCCCAACAUCUUCAUUCUGAAUAACCGUUGGGAUGCUUCUGCUUCGGAGCCGGAGUACAUGGAGGAUGUGCGCAGACAGCACAUGGAGAGAUGUCUUCACUUCUUGGUAGAAGAGCUCAAGGUUGUAAGUCCGUCGGAAGCUCGGAAUCGGAUCUUUUUUGUUUCAGCCAAGGAAGUUCUCAACUCCAGAAAGCAUAAAGCUCAGGGGAUGCCAGAAGGUGGUGGGGCACUUGCAGAAGGAUUUCAAGCAAGAUUACAGGAGUUUCAAAAUUUUGAACAAACUUUUGAGGAGUGUAUCUCGCAGUCAGCAGUGAAAACAAAGUUUGAACAGCACACUAUCAGAGCUAAACAGAUACUAGACACUGUGAAAAACAUACUGGACUCAGUAAACGUGGCAGCAGCAGAGAAGAGGGUUUAUUCAAUGGAAGAGAGGGAAGACCAAAUCGAUAGACUGGACUUUAUCCGAAACCAGAUGAACCUUUUAACACUGGAUGUUAAGAAGAAGAUCAAGGAGGUCACGGAGGAGGUGGCAAACAAGGUUUCUUGUGCAAUGACAGAUGAAAUUUGUCGACUAUCUGUUUUGGUUGAUGAGUUUUGUUCUGAGUUUCAUCCUACCCCCAGUGUACUGAAAGUGUAUAAGAGUGAGUUAAAUAAGCACAUAGAAGAUGGCAUGGGAAGAAAUUUGGCUGAUCGGUGUACCAAUGAAGUCAAUGCCUCCAUUCUUCAAUCUCAGCAAGAAAUCAUCGAAAACUUGAAGCCACUACUUCCAGCUGGUAUACAGAAUAAACUUCAUACAUUAAUCCCUUGCAAAAAGUUUGACCUCAGCUAUGAUCUCAAUUGCCACAAGCUGUGUUCGGAUUUUCAAGAGGACAUUGUGUUUCGGUUUUCCCUGGGCUGGUCUUCCCUUGUACAUCGAUUCCUGGGUUCCACAAAUGCACAGAGGGUGCUGCUCGGGCUGUCAGAGCCCAUCUUUCAGGUCCCUAGAUCUUUAGCUUCAACUCCUACUGCUCCUUCUAACCCAGCAGCCCCGGAUAAUGCAGCCCAGGAGGAGCUCAUGAUCACCCUGAUCACAGGAUUGGCGUCCCUCACGUCGAGAACCUCCAUGGGCAUCAUCGUUGUUGGGGGCGUGAUUUGGAAAACAGUGGGCUGGAAACUAAUCUCUGUCACCUUAAGUAUGUACGGAGCUCUGUACCUUUAUGAGAGGCUGACGUGGACGACCCGUGCGAAAGAGAGAGCGUUUAAGCAGCAGUUUGUAAACUAUGCAACCGAGAAGCUGCAGAUGAUUGUGAGCUUCACCAGUGCAAACUGCAGCCACCAAGUACAGCAAGAAAUGGCCACUACUUUUGCUCGACUGUGCCAACAAGUUGAUGUUACUCAGAAACAUCUGGAAGAGGAAAUUGCAAGAUUAUCCAAAGAGAUAGACCAACUGGAGAAAAUACAGAACAACUCAAAGCUCUUAAGAAAUAAAGCUGUUCAACUUGAAAGUGAGCUGGAGAAUUUUUCGAAGCAGUUUCUACACCCGAGCAGUGGAGAAUCCUAACGGCAGAGGCACUGUAGGAGGAAGCGGACUUGGAAGAUGGGAAAUGUUACUUUAUGAAAUGACCUCAGUACAAGUUACUAACUCUUAGUAUCGAUGCCUUGCGGAGAUUGUGGUAAUGACCUGUCUCAGGGGUUGCACCUUUGGAAGUGUUGUGAUUCGCCUUGUCUUAGCAUUAGUUUGGAGUAAAGACUGAAUUGUUAAGGUUAAAUGAUGAAUUCCUUUAGAAACAGUGGAACCGGCUGUGCGGCCCCUGAGGGUGGGUCCUGCAGCUCCUCACCAGGCUGGCUGUCUGCGGCUCUCAGAAGCUGCUUCCUGGCAUCCAGGAGUUAGAGACCUUUUCAUCCUUUCUCAGUGCUAGUUCUUGAUGCUUCUUUAAUGGGAAUAGUGAACUUGUUUAUAAGCCGAUUUGCUCAAACCAGGGGUGUGGGCUGCUCCUGGGGGGGUCCUGCAAUCACUCUGUCCUCACAGCAAGGAUGUAACCACUACUAAACAGUUUUUACUUUCUUUUAUUCCCAUUAAAGCUGAUGUGAAAUAGUAACGAGGCCUAUCAUUGUAGCCACGCAUGAAGUAUUUGGGUCUGCUUUCCUGCUCUCUCUCUUUAGACACAUUUUCAGCCUUGAGUCCAGCAAGGAGAGCUUUUCUGCCUAAGUGUGAAGUGGAAGGUCUGAAGGGGUGAAAUGGGAGCAGAAAGUGUGUGGAGUGGAGUGGAGUGUGGUGCAGUGACUGUGGCAACUGGUUCUCAGCAGGACACUCACCGAGACCCUGGGCGUGUCCAGGCGUGUCCCCACUGGAAGCUUUGAUUUGAAUUACAUGAAUUUCUUGGGCUCUAUUACAAAUUACCACUCUGGGUUAGUGACAUGUUUAUAGUUCAGGUAUUGAUGUUUGAUUGACAGUGGUAUGGAAAUGCUUGUAAAUAGCAGACAGGAUUAUUCUCCACCUGACAAUGAAAAUUAAAGUGCUAACAUUGGAUCACUUCAGGAAGUCAGCAGUGCCACCCCAAGGGUUACCCACUGCAGUGUCAAAGGUCAGCACUUCAGGCAGGAGCAGAGGAGUAUUUAGUUAAUAUGGCCACAUUGAGGAAAGGGGCAAAGAGAUCCAGCAAACUCCCAGUAUUUCUUUCCUAAAGGCCUGUCUUCACAAUAGGCACACCUAUUUUUUGUCUGUCUGUUUGGUUGAUUAGUUUUGAGACAGGGUUUCUCUGUGUAGCCCUGGCUAUCCUGGAACUAACUCACUUUGUAGACCAGGCUGGCCUUGAACUCAGAAAUCUGCCUGCCUCCAGAGUGCUGGGAUUAAAGGCAUACCCAGCCCUAGAUGCACCUCUUAUUUUUAAAAUACUUGAAGACUAUUACAAUGUUAUAUAUCAUUACUUAGACCAUAGAGAAGUUUCUAAAAACCACUUAAUUUUUAUGUAGAUUGGGUGCUGGGUUGCAGUAUUCAAAUUUAAAUCCAUGUGACUACCUUUUGCUUUUAUUGCUGAUUUUUAGUCCCCCAAAUGGUACAGGCAACCAAGUGGGACUGGGUGAAUAGUACAUGAAAAAGUAGUAUCUAGAAUUGAGGUCUGCUAACCUAGGUUACACAGUUACUUGGAGCACAUAAUUAGCCAGCUACAGCUUGGUUCUCUGGGUUUGCUCCCGGGAUUGUCAACAUUAUUUUUAAACUUGUAAAGAUUUGUAAGGUGUAGAUUCUCAACAAGGUAUGAAUCAAGUUUGGGGUCUGCAGCAAGCUUCAAGUCUGUCCCAGUGUACUCUGAAGUCUGCAAGCCAGUAUCUGUAGUCCAGAAUGCUUUCCUCACUGAUUAAGAAUGUAGAGCCAGCUGAUGAAGUUCAGAAGUUACGGGUGUUGAGCAUGGAGUGUUGAAAUGCAGACACUAGCUCUUUUACCAGACAAGAGUGCGCCUGCCACUGGUAGGCUCGUGCAUUACAGACUGUAAUCAUGACGGUUACUGAUUAGUUGCUACACACAUACUUGAUGAUUUACUGUGUAUGUUUACAGUAUUUAUAAACUUUGUAUGAUCUUAAACUUUUUACAAAACAUUUUUAUAAGUAUGCAAGCUUGCAAGAUGAAAAUAAACCUAUCCGCCUAUUAGUUGGUAAA